AUGAACGAUGACUUCUCUCCCGCAGACAGUGCCCCCUCGGAAGCCUUCAUGUGGCCGCGCUUCCUAUCUCGUUUGCGGGAUGCCUUUUGUCUCGACUCACAACCGCCAUCCGGAGACCAGGAUCUGGCAAGACUGCAACCUCGAAUAUCGGAUACACCUCCAGCUGACCCUGCCGAGCUUCGACGCAUCAAGAGGGCAGUGAAGAGCUUUCCCCCGCGCGGUGUUGCUGACUUCCUGGUGUCAGUCUGCAUCGCUUACGGGACCGAUAUCUUCUUUUAUCUUGACCAGAGCCACUUCAUGACGGAGCUUGAUCAGCUAUACAAUGACGAGCAGUCGCCUUUGAGAGAAGAUGCCGGCUUUGUUUGUCUUGUCUUAGCAGCGUUUGCGCUAGGGAGCCAAUGGACAGAGCUGGCUAGACCGGAAGACCUGAGCAGUACGGCCUCGACGGAGAAUCGGAGCGUUGACCCUGGUCGUAUCUUCUACAACCAGGCUCGCAUCUUGAUCUCUGAUUUGCUAGACCGACCUUGCAUCAAAUCAGUUCAGGCGACCUUUAUCUUGGGCGUUUACCUGAUGCCGGCUAGCGCCAUCAGUGCCUCCUAUGUGUACAUGGGAUUAGCACUGCGAAAGGCUCUGGCUAUUGGGCUCCACCAAGAACCUGACGACCCCUCUUUGACUGAAGACGAGAAGGAGACCAGACGGAGGCUGUGGUGGUCGAUUUACUCCCUUGAAAGGACGGUCACCAUCAAGCUCAACCGACCGCGUUCAGUGGAUCAGGAGAUCAUCACAGCGUGUCUGCCGAAGCCGACUUCUCGAGAUGCGUCUCAGAAGUUUGACAACGUACAGCAUCAAACAGCAAAUGCAGCUUUCGUCAGAAUCAUUGACAAGCUUUCAGAGCCUGGUUAUCGCGCCGUCUUCCACUUACAUCUCAAUUACUACUUCGCCUGGAUCGAUAUGGGCAAAGUCUCCGUGGUGACUGUUGUCCGAGCUCGUCUGCAGACAAUCUUCCACGCAAGCCCCGGGCCCUCUGAUGUGUCCAGAGACGUCGAGCAGUCUUCAGAGGCGUGCAUCAAGGCAGCCAAGAAGAUGCUGGAGCUUUUUGAGGGGCUUUGUCGCGGCGGCAAUAUGGCGCGAUUCUCCUUCACAGACUUCCAAGGAUGCAGCAUUGCUACGAUCAUCGUCCUGCUUGCCGGAAUUCUGGACCGCGAUUCCGGUUACGAGGGUCGGGUGGCUUUUGGUCUUGACUGCCUCCGCAAGAUGUCCAGCUUCGGGAACACGACAGCAAAAAUGGGAGUUCGCUUUGUUGAGGCCCUGCAGUCCAUCACGAAUGAGGCCAGGUCCAAGCUGGUGAUGGCUCGGAGAAGAGAGAUGAAUCAAGCUCGAGAAGCCUCAUCAGGACAGGCAGAGGGCUAUGGACGAUGGGCAGAAUGGCUGGCGAAGGCGGAGGUUGUUGGCAGUCCUUCGGGCGACGAGUCUGAUCUUGAGAUGGAGCAGUCGGGGCAACCAACGGUUUCGGCUCACGGCCCGUUGAUCACGCCGGACAUCAUGCUCUCUUCUCCGUGGGAGGAAGCAGCGGCUCUCCAGUUACAAGAGAUGUCGGCUUCGGGCUUCGGCAUACCAGCCGGGGACGGGGUAGCAGCCGAUGAAAGCACACUAAUGCCUUUGCCUACGGGUGAAGAGGCCUGGCUGCCAUCUUUUGCAUGGAAUGAUGAUCAGAUGUACUUGAUGGGCUUGACUGGUAUGGACGGGCUAGACUUCAUGGGAGGGAUCUCAUAA